GGCAGAAGUUAAAGGACAGAAAAAGGCGACACCAAUGAUUUUUUCCUCAGUCUUAGUAUUGUUGUAAGCGGCUCCAGAGCAUCGUCCCGCUUUGACUCUUUGUCGGCUCGUGGGGUUUGGGAGCAGGCUGGGGGGAAAUAUCAUGUACACAAUAGAGCAGGCGAGCGCAACACAGCAAUGAAAGCCCAGCGGGAGAGGCUUAGGAUUCCGGGGUUGACACUGGACCUCACUCCGAGAAGCUUGAGCCCAACUCCCACAAGCCCUUGCAGCCCAUGCAGCCCUCUGCACGCCUUCCAUUUUUGGAGCUGUAGGACAGGCAACAGAAAGAGCCUGAUAGGAAGUGGACAGUCCUCCGCCCUUCCACGACCACACUCCCCCUUUUCAUCACAUACAGGAACCAGUCCCCAGGACAGCCCCAGAAACUUCUCCCCCAGUGCCUCUGCUCACUUUUCUUUUGCUCGCAGCACUGCGUACAGAGUAGACAGAAACGAUGGGCGUCGAUGGUCCCUGGCUUCCCUUCCUUCUUCUGGGUAUGGAACAAACACCCCCAGCUCAACCAUUUCCUCUUCCUGUUCAUCACAAGAAAAGCUCCACCAGCUGCCCUUCCAGCCCACUGCAGACGAACUCCACUUUCUGUCCAAGCACUUCUGCACCGAGAGCAUCUCCGCCGACGAGCACCGCAGGGCCACGUCCAUGCGCCCACGCUCACGUAGCCUCAGCCCUGGACGAUCCCUAUCUUGUUGCGAUCAUGAGAUAAUUAUGAUGAAUCAUGUGUACAAAGAACGGUUUCCUAAGGCCACCGCUCAGAUGGAGGAGCGCAUUCAGGAGAUCAUCAGCAGCAACUCUCCCGAGAACGCGCUGCCUCUAGCGGACGGAGUUCUCAGCUUCGCCCACCACCAGAUCAUCGAGCUGGCCCGCGACUGCCUGGAGAAAUCCCGGCUCGGCCUCAUCACCUCUCGCUACUUCUGUGAACUCACCGACAAGCUAGAGAAGCUUUUCCAGGAGUCCACCGAGCGAUCUGAGAGUGCUGAGGUGACCUACAUUAAAGAUCUGGUAAAGAAAAUCCUGAUCGUCAUCGCCAGACCAGCACGCCUACUGGAAUGUCUGGAGUUUGACCCGGAGGAGUUUUAUUACCUGCUGGAGGCUGCGGAGGGUCACGCUAAAGAAGGGCAAGGCAUCAAGACUGACAUUCCUCGCUACAUCAUAAGCCAGCUCGGUCUAACACGAGACCCUUUGGAAGAAAUAGCCCAGCUGACCAGCUACGAUAGUGGAAUUGCAGAAACUCCCGAGACUGAUGAUUCUUCCCAGAGCCUGAGUGCAGCAGCGAGACCCCGGCGCAAACCCUGCGAGUUAGACUUUGAAAUGAUGAAACUCAUCAGUAACGGAGCUUACGGUGCCGUUCAUCUGGUGCGCCACAAAGAGACCAAGCAGCGCUUUGCCAUGAAGAAGAUCAACAAGCAGAACCUGAUGUUGAGGAACCAGAUCCAGCAGGCCUUUGUAGAGAGGGACAUCCUGACCUUUGCCGAGAAUCCAUUUGUAGUCAGCAUGUACUGCUCUUUCGAGACCCGCAGACACCUCUGUAUGGUCAUGGAGUAUGUUGAAGGUGGGGACUGUGCCACUUUGCUGAAGAACAUGGGUCCUCUACCUGUGGACAUGGCCCGAAUGUAUUUUGCUGAGACCGUCCUGGCUUUGGAAUACCUCCAUAACUACGGGAUCGUCCACAGAGAUCUAAAACCUGACAAUUUGCUGGUCACCUCCAUGGGACACAUCAAGCUGACUGACUUUGGUUUAUCAAAAGUUGGCCUGAUGAACAUGACCACUAACCUCUAUGAGGGCCACAUAGAGAAGGAUGCCAGAGAAUUCUCAGAUAAACAGGUGUGUGGUACUCCUGAGUACAUCGCUCCAGAGGUAAUCCUGAGGCAGGGAUAUGGGAAGCCUGUGGAUUGGUGGGCUAUGGGGAUCAUCCUUUAUGAGUUUCUUGUAGGCUGUGUGCCAUUCUUCGGAGACACACCAGAGGAGCUCUUUGGUCAGGUUAUCAGUGAUGAGAUAGACUGGCCUGAGGGAGAGGACGCACCUCCAGCUGAUGCUCAGGAGCUCAUCACGUUGUUGCUAAGGCAGAACCCUCUGGAGCGACUGGGAACUGCAGGAGGAGCUUAUGAGGUCAAGCAACACCAGUUUUUCCACAGUCUGGACUGGAACAGUCUUCUUAGGCAGAAGGCAGAAUUUAUUCCCCAGCUAGAGUCUGAAGAUGAUACCAGCUACUUUGACACUCGAUCCGAAAGAUACCAUCACCUGGAAACUGAGGAAGAGGAGGAUACAAAUGAUGAAGACUUCAAUGUUGAGCUGCGCCAGUUUUCUUCUUCUUCACAUCGAUUUUCUAAAGUUUACAGCAGUCUGGAUCUGUCACGUGGCCACAUAGAGGAAAAGGGAGACCAAACUGAGAAGAAGAGUGAGAGUCCGCUAACUGUGGAUUCACUCAGCUGGACCCCAGACUUCACUGAUCUACCUUCCCUCUCCCACUCUUCUGACACGGAGAGUACCAGCGUGGGUAGAUGCUCAGGAGUUCUGCCUAAGUUCGCUAUCUCAGCAGAGGUGGAGAGCUGCGAGAGCUCACUGGCCCUGGAAAAGCCAAGUAAAGUGGCAUUCUCUAUCGAAGAGCUGCCUCAGGAUGAGCCUGAAGUCACCACACCAUGCAGCCCAGUCAGCAACUCCACUCUCUCAGGUAUCUCCAAAAGAGAGGAAAUGGAUGAAUCUGCUUUUGAGGGUUUCUGUGAUGUAAUAGGCAGUUUCUCUGAGCACCUGGACCAGUUGCCAUUGCAAGCUGAGGGAGCAGACAGUCCUGAAUGUACCAGCAAGCCACGUGUUGAUUCCAGCAGCCAUCUAAGCUCCCAGAGACCUAAGGCUACAGUGCCCAAAUCAGCUUCUGCCAGUGCACUGUCACUAAUGAUCCCUGGAGAUGUGUUUGGCAUGUCACCACUGGCCAGUCCAAUGUCUCCAUACUCAUUAUCAUCAGACCCCUCCUCAAGAGACUCCUCCCCCAGUCGAGACUCCUCCCUCUCAGCCGCUAGCUCACGCCAGCCGAUCAUCAUUCACAGUUCAGGGAAGAAGUUCGGCUUUACACUCCGGGCUAUUCGAGUCUAUGCUUGUGACAGUGAUGUGUAUACUGUUUAUCACAUGGUCUGGAAUGUGGAGGAUAAUGGACCUGCUCAUAAGGCCGGCCUCAAGGCUGGAGACUUAAUCACUCACGUGAAUGGAGAAACGGUCCAUGGACUUCUACACACAGAGGUUGUUGAGCUACUGCUGAAGAGUGGAAGCAAGGUUGCCAUAUCCACCACCCCUUUUGAGAACACUUCAAUCAAAACUGGUCCAGCUAGGAGGAAUAGUUACCGGAGCAAAAUGAUCAGAAGAACCAAGAAGCCAAAAAAGGAGAAGACACAAGAACGGCGACGAUCAGUGUUCAAGCGCUUUGCCAUGCAGCCCUCACCUUUGCUCCAUACCAGCCGAAGUUUCACCUCACUGAAUCGCUCACUGUCCUCAGGAGAGAGUCUACCUGGAUCGCCUACACACAGUCUGUCUCCUCACUCCCCGACCACCCCCUUCCGUCCAACACCAGACUUCAACCAGUCAGGUGGCACAUCCUCUCAGAGCAGUUCACCCAGCUCCAGCGCUCCAAAUUCCCCUGCUGGCUCAUGUCACAUCAGACCUAACACCUUGCAUGGUUUAGGGCCUAAGUUACCUGGGCAGCGGCUUCGUCAAAGCCGCCGUCAGUCAGCCGGGAGCAUCCCGCUCUCCCCUCUAGCUCGAACGCCAUCUCCAACUCCUCAGCCUACCUCCCCUCCACGGUCCCCUUCCCCUCUGCUCAGUCAUUCAGUCGGAAGCUCCAAAACCUUUACAGCCAAGAUGCAUUCACCUCCUACAAUCGUCAGGCAAAUGGUGCGACCUAAAAGCGCCGAACCCCCUCGCUCCCCACUCCUUAAGAGGGUUCAAUCAGAGGAAAAGCUUUCGCCAUCUUACUCAGGGGAGAAGAAGCAUCUGUGCUCUCGGAAACUCAGUCUGGAGGUAACGCAAGAGGAAGCCCAGGCCGAGGUGGCAUCUGGAGGAGAACACACACUGCAAAGUGUCGAGGAGAGCUCUGAACUGCCCACUAUUACCCGGGUUAGACCUGCUGAGCAGGGCUGCCUAAAACGUCCCGUGACUCGCAAGGUUGGCCGCCAGGAAUCCGUAGAGGAGCUUGAUAAGGAGAAAUUAAAGGCGAAGGUGGUGGCAAAAAGACAGGAUUGGCAUGAGAGACGAGAGUCCCUGCAAAAGCAAGAUGCUUUUCAAGACAACGAAUUCGCCUCAUGUUCCCACACUACCGAUGAUAAGGAGAGGGGGUGUCAUGGACGACCCACUGGAGGAACCCAAAGCAUUUCUGAGUCCAGCCCUCUCGAAAGUAAAUCUGCUAAUUCCACAGUUAAGGAUGUUCUGUACAAGAAACUAAACAGCAGAGCAUGCGAAAGCAUGGGAGACUCUCUCAGUGCCGCUGGGGACUGUGUUUCAAUUUUAAAUGAGGGUGUUCGAUCUGCACCAAGCCAGUCAGACAGACAACUGUCCAGGCAGAUUAAAGAGGGCAGUAAAUCAGACAGGCUGGAUUUAAAGUUUGCCAAUAUGGAGUUAGCUCGUAAGAGGCAGUCUUUUGAGGAACGUGAUGACUGCAUGUGUCGAAUCACUCCUGGUGUUCAUGAAAGCCUUCACUUUAAUACCACUAGAUCCAAAAGUCUCCAGCUGGACUCUGCUCUGACAUUGGAGCAUGCAAAAGGAUCACUGGGCUGUGUUCACAUCAACCCUGGAAUCAACACAGGGCGGGGAGAGAGUGCAGUAGAGAAGCUUCAGAUUAUCUCAUCCACUGAAGGUUCCAUCAGAAAGACGUCAUCUGAGUACAAACUAGAGGGACGGCUUGUGUCCUCUCUAAAACCACUAAAGGGCACGCUUGAUAUAGGUCUUCUCUCUGGACCCAGGGUGUCCAAAACUGACUCUUGUCUUCUAAAGAUGGCAGGCAGCCAAAGUCACAGUGUUGGGCUAGAGACCGACAGUGAGAAAGUAAGCCCUCUGCAGGACACCACUAAGAAACAGACACCAAUCGCAGCCAAAAUGGAAGGUCCUGGUGCUGGAAAACAGGAACCCAGCAUUGUUAGUUCCAUCAGCAGAGAGCACACUCUUGACAAAAAUAAACAGUCCAAAACAGAACAAACUGACUUAAAAUCAGAAAGCAAGUUAAAACCCUCCCAGGAGAUACGGCCUGCUCGACACAGCGCUCAUUUCGCUUGUGGGAAGACCCCCUCGAUAAGGGAGGUCAGCAAUGAAGACCAAGAAGAUGAUGUGGAAAACUCUGAGCCUACAAAGCAAAGAAGCACUGCAGAUUUUAAUAUGCCAGCCAUCCCUGACCUUGUCAACAAGCAAGACGCAGUACCCUCAGACUCCCGCAAUGCUGAUAAAGCUGUAGCGAAGUCCAUUGUUGGUCCGACAAGAGUAAAUAACUGCCAAAUUACCACUGACAAGGAUACACUUGUUCCACAGGAGGCUCACUCAUCAAGUGGGGUCAAAGAUGGUACAGUUAGAGCACCCAGCUCAGUUAUAGCUUCAACAAUAGUUCUGCCUCCAAAAUCAGACAAACCUUGUGGUGCGCUUAACGAAGCUGUGCAUUCAAAAGAUGGUGUAAAGAGUGGAAGCAAGAUUCCAGAAAGCACAGCUGAAACCACGGAGAUCACCAAGAAGAAAAACUCAAAGAGCACUCUUGAAGAAGCGACCAGCACAUCGAAUUUAUGUUUAAAAUCAGAGCAGAUUCCUGCACAGACCUUGGUAGUUAAAGACAACACAUCUGUUCCAGAGAGCUUACCUUCAGUUUUACAUACGUGUUCUGCCCCAGCAGCUACCCCAACGUCAAAUAGCCAGGUAACUCAAAGUACAUUGUCUGUGGAUUCUGCUUCUCCGACCAAACAGGAAAACAACAGUGCUGCUCCCAUUGCUGAUUCUCCAAAGGCCAUUCCCGCUGUGGUUCUUUACUCUCCACACUGUGUAGACAAAAGUUCUCAGUGCUUAACAGAAGUCACAACAUACAACACACAAGUUAAACCAGCUCAGCAGACAUCCCCAAAAACACUACCCAGCGCUGUCUCAGACAACAGACCGAAGUGUUCAGAUGAACCUAUGAAAACACAACCCAAUUGUGCAGAUGAGAAAAAAAUGCAAGGUCAUAAGGACAAUGGAGGCAAAACAAAAGUAAAAAACAAAGACCAUAAGAUAAGCAUGCUUUCAAAAGAGUCCAGCAAUGAGUCAAGUUUAGCUGCAAGUCCUGAAACUCCAGCAUCUAUAGGUAGAAUGGCAGAUCCAAAAGAUAAAAACACUAAAGUGAGUUUAAAAGAAGAUGUAGAACGCACUUCUAAAAGUCACAAUGGAGCAGCCAGUGCUGAAAAUGUAAAGUCUGUCACUAUUCAAGAGGAUCCAGAUGCUAAUCAGACUCUCCCAAGGUCUUUGUCUAAGGAUUCUGGUUCCAUUCCACUGCAGAUCAAGGGUGAUAAAACAAACAUAACUGGGCAAGAUCAAACCUCAAACCCACAUGAGGAAAGGUUGAAAGUAGAGAACAUCUCAGAACAUAAGAUAAACAAGCCAGCACUCGAGGCAACUAAGAAGCCACCAUUGUCAGAGAAAAAGUGCCCAGCAAGCUCCAAAAACAAAGCCAAGCCAGAAUCUCCGCUAUCUUCUAACCGAAGUGAAAAGGCAACCGAAGAGAAAGGAACACCACACAGCAGUGCACCAGAACAGACUGUGGUUAAAGACAACACCAAUCUAAAACCAAAGGAGCAAAGAGAGUCUGCCUCACUUGUUUUGAAACCUCAACCACAGAAAGACAAGCCCUGCCGUGGCUCCCAAAGUGGUGCUGUGUUAACGUCUGCUGUUAAGGUUCAAAUGUCAAGUGGAGUGCCUGCUGGGAACAGCACUGGUGAGCACAGUACAGCAGAACCGGCAAGACCUUAUGAAGACGUUAAAGUCGAGCACCCAAAAUCAUCAGACUUCUCACAGAAAGCCAACCGUAAAGACUCCCAGAGAGCCACGUCCCUGGCAAAGGAUGGCCAAGCACAUGAAAAAGAUUCAGCCCGUUUGAAGCAGUCCAAAUACGUAACAAGAAACAAAAAGUGACAUAUUUGGUAACACUGGAGGUAUUGAUCAAGUCACCGAUCAGGACAGCAAGACGCAAUCAAUGUAGUUUUUCUGUUUUCCAUACACUGUAUUAUAAUUCUUUACUUUCUGAGGACCGACAAAGCUGUUACUUCACUGUUUCUUGAUGGGCUAGUAUGUUUGUAUGGAUGAUGUUUGAUAAUGGUUGGGUCAGUGUGUAUCUGAAAGAUUGCAGGUUUGAAUGUAGACCAGUUUUGCUGCUGAAGGUCACCUUUAUUACUUUUCUGCAUUGAGAUCCAGAAGUCCAGAUGCUCAUAUGAACGAUGUGUGCAAUAAGUUAGGCAUCAACUUAAUGCCCAUGAGAGGUAUAAUUGUGCCAAUUUAGGUUAAAUGGGGUGUAUUAAAAAUGAAUGAUAUUCUCAUUCAAAGUAGCGUUCUUUAGGAAAUGGAUUCUCUGUAACGGCCACAUAUGAAGUAUUUGUAGCGAUGGUGUUAGUAUCUCAGCACACUUUUCAUGCAGAAAAGAAAAAUCCCACCAUUGUGUUUGUUUCAUUGUUUUAUGAAGUGUGCUGUUUGUUUUGGGUAGUGGUGCACAGAGGGAAUGCACUUAAACCUGUGCUUCUCACCUAGAACUGUUUUAUAAUGGAAUCAUCUUAUGGUUCUGGAUGCAUAUCUGGAAGGGGCUUUAGGUUAUUUCGGGCAGUCCAGCUUGCUGUUCUUAGCAGGUUGUGUCAAAAUUUCAUAUUCCCUUCAUAUACAUCUUUUCAUUUGCAUUAAUAAAUAUUAAUUUUUUAUGCAAUUUACUGUACAUAAGCAAUGUUAAUUGUACAAAGGGUGAUCCAUAGGAUCAGAAUAUGAAUAUGAGCGUUGUAUGUUUUUUAUGUAUAUAUUUUGCUAUGUCAGUCGUAUCUUUGUAUACCGUACUAGAUGUUUGUUUCUCAGAGACCUUUUUGUCUGCGCAGUAAAUGCCGCCAUCUAAAAUAAGCUAACAAAGAUUAUAAAGAUUCAUCAGAAAUGAUCUUAGACUAUACUUGAAAUUACAGACACUAGAAGCAGUAAGUACACUCAUCCUUAUACUGUAAGUGCAUUUUAAUUUCAUGUAGGCAUCUCAGUGUCCUCCGGUGAUCUCUUAAUGAAAAUGCAUGUCUUGGUACAGUUGAUGUCAGGGAAUGUGUGCAGACUUUUACAGACGUACAGUUUUAAAAUAUUGUUAAGAAAGGUGUUAUGUGGUUUAGGAUGCAGCACAUUUCUACUGGUGAGGUUCUGUAAGCUCCGGCUUUCACGAGAUUUUAGAUUUACUCAAGACUUGUAUUCUUAUUAUGAGAUCACAUCUAGCACUGCAAAACUACUGGCUGAAUAGCUAAGAAAAAAUUAUAAAUGUAGAACAAAAAAAAGCUAUCGUAGAAAGUGAAUGUUUAAAGCUAUAUAUUUGGCUGUAGAAACUGUAAAAAGUUAAGGGCUCGAUUUUUCAGCUGUUUAUAACAUCGUUUGUGUGCUGAAUAUUCUAAGCCAAGUGGAAAACUGAGGGUAUUGUUAUUGUGACCUUUAUGGUCGGUCAGGAUUGAAACAGUCAGGACUUGUGUUUUUGUGUUUCUGUAUUCCUGUAUUAUGCCUAGUCUAUUACCCAUCAGUUAGUCACCUAGUCAAGUGAAUGAGAAUAAAAAAUGCUUAUAGAAUCAGAGGCAGUGCUUAAACUCUCUUAUUUUGACUGUUAAUGUGGUCUAUAUAAAUGCCUCAAAGGCAUCUAAAUAUGGUAACUGCUAACAUUUCACUUGACCUAAUGAUAAGUGACAUUACAUUACAUAGACUAUUCAGUUAUUUUAUUUGUUUGUGUCUGAAUACAGUAGCAAGUCCUUUUUGCAUCACAACUGUGAUGGUGUAUUAAAACUAACUAUGAUAGUUAGUUAGUUAUAUUGUCUUUAGACUACAAAUAAUAUGCAUUGCGAGGAGGCUUAUUAUGAAUGUUCGAGAAAUGUACACGUCUCAUGAAGAAAGUAAAUUUGAGAUUUUGUUUUGGUGAACUCUGAAGUCGUACUGUCCCUCAGAAUGUAAAUGUAGUAUUCGUAGUCUGAGGAGAUAAACUGCACCUUAUUAAAAAAUUAAAUACACACACACACACACACACAAACACACACACACACUACUUACUGCAUCUGGACUAAGAGGUAAUAAAUUAAUAUAGAGAUGUGAAUGUGAAUGUUUAAUGUGGCAUAUCAUGUCACCAGUCAUAGCCAACAUAUAUAUAGUCAUAAAUCAACCAUGGAUGUUCAUGUCUCUGUUUCAUGCCUUUUAUUCUGAUGGUCUGUGUAAAAAAAUGUUAAUGAGCACAUUGAGUUUUUGUUUACAGCUAAUUCAUGGAUGUAUAUUUUGAAUAUUGUAUUAUUAAGUUGCCAAAUCUGUGUGCUACGUCACAGGACAUUGUGAUUGUAGUGAUGCAUGGUGUCUAUUCAACGGGUUGUGUUGUUUAAAGACUUGUCAGUCUUUAGUAGUCGAUCUAUCCAUUGUGAGUCUGUCAGACUUAAAGCGUUCUGGAAGUUUCUUUUCCCUCUAUGAGUUUGUGACUACUAGUGUUUGUAUAAAUCGUCCCGGUCCCUGAUGUUUGUCUUUUUGAAUCUGUGCAAUAAGAGGUAUGGUAUUGUUUUGUAUUUCAUCCGAGGACUCUGUGGAUGUCAUAGAUGUUGUAUUCUAUAUAAAUAUUUAUACUUCUAAGUUGUAUAAUAAUGAAAAUAAACAGGCAUGACAUUA